AUGAAGAUUUUUGUGGGCAAUGUCGAUGGGGCAGAUACGACACCGGAGGAGUUGGCAGCCCUCUUCGCGCCCUAUGGCACGGUCAUGAGCUGUGCCGUCAUGAAACAGUUUGCCUUCGUGCACAUGCGCGAGAAUGCUGGCGCGGUGUGCGCCAUGGAGGCCCUGCAUGGCCACAAGCUGUGCCCAGGUCGCGCGCUCGUGGUGGAGAUGUCGCACCCGAGGCCCCUGAACACUUGGAAGAUUUUCGUGGGCAAUGUAUCGGCUGCAUGCACAAGUCAGCAAUUGCGCAGCCUCUUCGAGCGCCGUGGAUGCGUUAUGGAGUGUGACGUGGUAAAAGGCUGUGUGGAGAUGGUGAAGCUGUUCAUUGGAAAUCUGCCCCGGGAGGCCACAGAGCAGGAGAUCCGCUCACUCUUCGAGCAGUACGGGAAGGUGCUGGAAUGUGACAUCAUUAAGAACUAUGGCUUUGUGCACAUAGAGGACAAGACGGCCGCUGAGGAUGCCAUCCGAAACCUGCACCACUACAAGCUGCACGGAGUGAACAUCAAUGUGGAAGCCAGCAAGAAUAAGAGUAAAGCUUCCACCAAGUUACACGUGGGCAACAUCAGCCCCACUUGUACCAACCAAGAGCUGCGGGCCAAGUUUGAGGAGUACGGCCCAGUCAUCGAAUGUGACAUCGUGAAAGAUUAUGCCUUUGUACACAUGGAGCGGGCAGAGGAUGCGGUGGAGGCCAUCAGGGGCCUUGACAACACAGAGUUUCAAGGCAAAAGAAUGCACGUGCAGUUGUCCACCAGCCGGCUUAGGACCGCGCCCGGGAUGGGAGACCAGAGCGGCUGCUAUCGGUGCGGGAAAGAGGGGCACUGGUCCAAAGAGUGUCCAAUAGAUCGUUCGGGCCGCGUGGCAGACUUGACCGAGCAAUAUAAUGAGCAAUAUGGAGCAGUUCGUACGCCUUACACCAUGAGUUAUGGGGAUUCAUUGUAUUACAACAACACGUACGGAGCGCUCGAUGCCUACUACAAGCGCUGCCGUGCUGCCCGGUCCUAUGAGGCAGUGGCAGCUGCAGCUGCCUCUGCAUAUAGUAACUAUGCAGAGCAGACUUUGUCUCAGCUGCCACAAGUCCAGAACACAGCCAUGGCCAGUCACCUCACCUCCACCUCUCUCGAUCCCUACAAUAGACAUCUGUUGCCGCCUUCAGGAGCUGCUGCUGCAGUAGCAGCAGCUGCUGCUUGUACUGCAGCUUCUACUUCAUAUUACGGGCGGGAUCGGAGCCCCCUGCGUCGCGCUACAGGCCCAGUCCCCACUGUUGGAGAGGGCUACGGUUACGGUUACGGGCAUGACAGUGAGUUAUCCCAAGCUUCAGCAGCUGCUCGGAAUUCCCUGUACGACAUGGCCCGGUAUGAGCGGGAGCAGUAUGUGGAUCGGGCGCGGUACUCAGCCUUUUAAAGUUUGAGGUGGGAUGUGUGUGGGCUGAAAUUCCGAGCUGCGGUUGUGCAUGAGAAUACACCCUUCAUGGUACCCCAUCUCCGGGACGUUCUCGGCUCUGUGCGUUCAGCCCCUCAGGAACCAUGGACCUUAAUUUACCUUGUUAAGUUCUUUCUCUUUCCUAUGCUCUCUCCUGCUUAACUUCCUGUUCUCUGUUUAUUCUUCUGUAGCUUCCUAUUCGAGUUCUGUUCUCCCAGCAUGCCUCCUGUGCAGAAACUGGUGGGGGGCUAUGCUGUCUCCUCCAAAGACUAGACUUAGAAAUUUGGAGUACUUUCCAGUGAAAUAAAUGGUUUUUCAAAUUAGGGAAAAAGGUGAAGGUUUGAGGAAGAAGAGGUAGCUUUCAUCUUUGGGAAAAACGAAGGUAUGGCUCCCACCAGAGUCUAUUUAGCUACGCCAUAGGCCAGAACUACCUCAUGUUGCAUUUCACUGUUUGUAUAGUUCUGUCAAAAUCAAGAGACUACAUGAGUAGUUCCACAAGCAUCUCAGAGCUUGUACUUAAUGCCUUUAGGUGAGGUAUAAAGGGCCAGCAGCAGGUCCUUUAUAAGUCCUUGAUAAACUUACUGAGUCUUCAACAGUGAGGACAAGUAUUUGAAUGCAGUGAGGAGCCACUGUCUAGUGUCAUGCUUUUAUUAAAACAAUUUAUUUUCCAUGUUUUACUUUAACAUAAUAUAAGGCUAUGUCUCAGAAUCUUUUACUUGGUCACUACUGGAUACCUAUGGUAUGCCAGGCAUGUUUUUUGUAAAGGGCUCACAAAUGACAAAAGGAAAUAAAGAUGAUAGAGAUAAAAAGAGCUGCUUUUGCCUUGGGCAACUUCAAGUUUUUCUACUAACUGCUUCUGUCUAUCUCUAAUUCAUUGUAAUUUAUACAUGGCUAGGAUUAUGACAGCUGUCUUUGGACAAAGGUAACUUUUUUGUAGUGUGAGACCCUGUGCUAGGUGACAUAUAUGUCCUUCAAUUUUUCUAGGAAAUGUUUUUCUAAGCAAAUUUUUCCUUCCUGGCUGAGUUGGUUUUCUUUGCCACUAUCUUGGAAAGGUUCACACCUAUGUUGUUUCCUCUUUCUACUGUUGUGCACUUAUAGUUUUAGCACAAUUUCUUGAUGUGAUGGUUGGGAAUGGCACAGUCUCAGAAGAUGAGAGACUUAAGAUUUGUUGAUUCUACAGGCUUGAGGAUCCUUUCACAGAUGGUGACCCAGGUGCUGGGGAUUUUAGAGCUUUUUGGAGGGAUAGGGUGAGAAGCAGAAAUAAAAGAUAUACCAAGCCAGGAUUUGGGCAUAUUCCUUUGUCUUAGCUCUUAACACUUAGAUCUGGGUGUGGUGGUGUAUGCCCUUUUUCUACCAUUUGCAAAGCAGAGGCAGGCAGAUCUCUUGAGUUCAAGACCAGUCUAGUCUACAUAUUGAGUUCUAGGAGAGUCAGAGCUGACUAGUGAGACCCAACCUCACAAAUAAGAUAAAAUUGCAUAUAAAUGGAGCAUCCUGUCUGAAUGGAUUGUUUUUAUUGACUUUUGUUAGAAUAGGCCUUGGUGGUUUCUCACCAUGUUGCUCAGGUGUUCCUCCUGCCUCUCAACUUGGGAGUAGUUGGGGCUAAAAGUGUGCACACUACAUUGUGCUAUACUUUUUACAUUACUAAAACAUUCAGAGAGAUGAAAAUUUAUCUGAAUUAUCUUGCUUUUUGUUUUAAGAGACUGAUUCCUUUAACACUUAGCAAUGUUUUCAUCACUUGGGGCUGGGCUGGCUCAGAGCUUUGUUUUAAAUGAAAGAUGUGCAUAUGUACCCAGACUGGUUUUGAACUUUUACUCUGUCUACUUAAGAUAGAAGGUGCUUGUUGGCAAGCCUGAUGACUUGGAACCCACCUGGUGGAGAAAUAACUUCUACACUGUGUCCUCUGACAUCCACAUGUUUACUCUGGCACACAUGCAUGUGCACAUAGAAAGGGAAAAGCUAUUGAAUGUGAUAGCACAGUGUUGUAAUCUCAGCAGCACUUGAAAGUGAAGCGAUUCAGAGUUCAAUACUAACCAUGUUACAUAAUGUGGUUCAGCAAACAAAAUUCUUCUACUCAUCGACUUGCUGGAAAACUCUAUAAAGUGGCAUGGGAAAACAGUGAAUUGAAAAGUAUGAGUUGGGGCUGCUGGUGUAGCUCUGUUGAUAACAUAUUCAGCAUGCUUGAAACCCUGGGCCUGAUCUCUAGCACUUGAACAACUACUGACAUGGUAGUGUACUUAUGUAGUCUAGCACUGGGGAGGUGGACUCCCAGGCUAUAUUUAUUUGUAGCUAUGUAACCAGUUAGAGCAGUGUGGUUUUCAACCUUCCUAAUGAUGAAAACCUUUUAAUGAAGUUUCCCAGUUUGUGGUGACCCUCAACCAUAAAAUUGGGUUGAGGCUUCGUAACUAAUUUUGCUAGUGUUAUGGAUCGCAAUGUAAAUAUCUAAGACCCCUGUGAAAGGGAAGGUUCUUGUAACACAAAGGUGUUGUGAUCUACAGGUUCAGAACCAGAGUUAGAGGCUAACCUAUACUAUAUGAGAACUUGUCUCAACAAUUUGUAGAAACUGAAUACAACUGAUUUCCAGCAUUAAAGUGAUUUGAAAUUAUUUUAGUGUAAGUUAACAGUUAAGUGAGUGAGCAUUCCAUGAGGUUACACUGAUGUGUAAGUAGAUAAGGAUAGUACUGGCAUGACUGACCUCACGAGUCUGUUUCAAGAAAAAUACUUUAAUAGUAGACACUUUUCCUUAGCACUCCUCUGCUAUUGAUUUAUUCACUAACAAUGAGCAUCUGUGAGCUGGCUUUGGACUCUCCUGUUUACCAUGUAUAGAGUGUGUAGAGAAUGCAUAUCAAUAAGGGCAUCAAGCCUAAACUCACUUUGCCUCCAUGAGCUGCCUCACCCCUCCCCACAUGUCCCCAGUCUUGGGUAUACAGAAAUCUGGUAUGUCCUUGGAAGGAGAAUAGGUGACUGGAAUGGUCACACUAUUUGUAUUGAAGGUAUGAUCCAUUCUGGUUCUAAGUGGAUCAAAGAUGCUAUGAGGGUAGUCAGGGAGUUCUCAAGUAGUGGUAGAUAUUUUGUUUUUGGCACUAAGGUCUUUUCAUAGGGCCUCAUUAAGACUCAAGAAUAUGGUCUUCCUCUGAGCUAUACCUUGUACACUAGACCAAGGUUGACUGAAGUUUUUAGGACUCUUCUGAAGCAGGGUUGACUUGGUAAUGCUGAGCUCAGCCCUCCUUACCUGAAUGCAUUAAUACUAAUGUCGACCUAAGGAGGAAGGAAUAGUGAUAGGUGUAGGUCAUGUGUGCUAUGAGAAUGAAAAGCUAUUUUCAGUUGUUGGGAUUAUUUUUUUCAGCUCUCUUAAUGCAUGAGGUCAUACUGAGGUAAAGAUUGACUUCCCAGAAUGAUGGUAGUGCAGUCCAAGACCUAGUCUCUAGUGCAUUUAGAGAAUAAGCAGGCUUAUUAGGUUGAAGCAGGAGAGUUUCAGGAGGAGAUGUCUCAAAAAUGUGAGGUUCCUUUGGAGAUUCAAAAGUUGAAUUAUCAAGUACAGAUUUUUUUUUUUUAAUUAGAGAAGAAGAAACUUGACAAGAAAUAUAAAUAUACUAUGUAUACCUAUAAUGGCAUUUAGGAUGCUGAAAGAGAAUGAUGGUGUGUAUUCUGGUCACUCUGGAUAAACAGUACAUAAUGAUGGAGUUUCCAGGCUAGUCUAGGCUAGUAUAGAGUGACAGUUGGAAUAGUGUUUUGUCUUAGUUUGAGGUAAUACAGCAAAGUACCACGAAUAGAAUGGGACAUGCACACAAUAGAAGUAUAUUUAUAGUUUUUAAGACUGAUCCUCUGCAAGAAGAGUAAUUGUUUAAUUCUUGAGUCUUCUUUCUAUUCCCGCAUUUUAAAUUUACUUGAUUUGCAGUGUGAGGUGAGUAGCUGAGUUUGAUUUCUAAAUGACUACUUAGCUGAAAGAUUUUAAAUCUGUUCUGAAAGAGCCAGUGAGCUGCUUGAGUGCGUUAAAGCUGACAGCUUAAGCUCAAUCCCCAGAACCUUUGGUAGAAGGAGAGAAUGGCUGCUGAAAGUUGUCCUCUGACUCAUUUAUGUACACAUUAAUAUUCAUACACAGCACAUGCAUAGUAAACAGAACCUCAGCGACAAUAUAGCUAGGGAAUUAUGGUCCUUUUCCUCCCUCCCUCCCUCCCUCCCUCUCUCUGUGUCUUCCUGUCAACCUGCCAGCCAGCCUGCCUUCCUCUCUCCCUCCCUUCCUACCUCCCUCCCUCCCUCUCUCUCUUUCUCUUUUGGUGUUAUUGAGGUGGGUCUCUACGAUGUCCUGUCCUAAAGCUUGCUAUUGUAGAUUAGACUGUCCUCAUAUUUUCAUAGAUCUCCUGCCUCUCCUCCCAAGCGCUGGCACUAGAGGGGUGUACCACUGUGACUUUUUUUUUUUUUUUUUCGAGACAGGGUUUCUCUGUGUAGCCCUGGCUGUCCUGGAACUCACUCUGUAAACCAGGCUGGCCUCGAACUCAGAAAUCUGCCUGCCUCUGCCUCCCAGGUGCUGGGAUUAAAGGCUUGUGCCACCACUGCCCGCCACUGUGACUUUUUUAACUGAAGGCCUGACAUGAAGACAGGAUGUCUCCUACCUAUAAUACCCUGUGUUUCUAGGAAAAUUACUGCUCUAGACCAGUUUAACUUAUCCCCUCAGGGCAGAAUUAGUCAUGGAAUAAAUUGGGUUGGAGUGCUUUGAGUAUUGAUAGAUUUGCUGUAAUUUGAAAUGUUUUAUUUUUUAGAGGAACCGUUGGUGCUACCUUGUCCAUUUGUCACAUAAUCCAACAUCUGCUUUUCAGAAUUGAACCCAUGGGGGCCUAUUAGUCAUAACGGGUAAUAUCUGUCUCCUCACCUAUAUCUUCUUAGUCUAGUAACAGUUUGAUUUUUUUUUUUUGUGGGCAACUUGGAAACUUUGUAGCAAGAAUAUAGUUAGGUUUAUAGGGCUAAACCUAGAGCUUCAUGAGUGCUAAUGAAUACAGUGAAUUCCUGUUAUGUGUGUUGAAGGUAAAGAAGCUUAUGCAUACGUUUGAAUGUGUGUGAGACCUGAGUUUGAAAUAGAUGUUCUCCACUGUUUGUUUUGGAGAGGGUCUGUAUGUAGCCUUGGUUUCCCAACUUGUUAUGUAGACCAUAUUGGCCUCUUAACUCAUAUUCACUGGUCUUUAUCCCUUGAGUGCUGGGUGUGUACCACCAUGUCAGGGCUCUACAUAAUUUUUUAAAAUGUUCUUAAAUUUUGUGUUUAUGUAUGGGGAGUGCAGGCAUGCUAACGGCUGAGCAGUCUCAAUUCCGUUGCUUUUGUUUUGUUUUGUUUUGUUUUGUUUUGUUUUGUUUUCCAAGCAGAUGGCCGGGCAGGGUCUCUGUUUUAUAGAUUUGUGUGUUCUGAAACUAUGUAGAUUAGACUGGCCUCAAAUUCAUAGAGAUCCAUUUGCUGGGAUUAAAAGUAUGCCACCUUGCCCAGCCCUACUGCAGUUUUUGAGACAGGGUAUCUUAGUGAACCUGAAUAUUCCCUUUUUAGGUUAGACAACUCCCCUGGGAUCCUAUUUGUUUCUGUUCCUGUUCCUGGGAUGUCUUCUUACUUGGUGUUGGGGAAUCAUCUCUUAAGCUGUGCUUGUAUAGCUAGCAUUUUACACACAGACAUCCCUCCAGCUCCCUUCCCAAUUUAGUUUUGUGUAUUCUUUGUUGGUUUGGCAUUUUGCCUGCAUAUAUUUUAGUAUAUGUAACACAUGCAUGCUUGGUACCUUUGGAGGCCAGAAGGCAGCAUCAGAUCAUUUAGAACAUAGUUACGGAUAGUUGUGAGCUGCCAAAUAGGUGCUGUGAAUUGAACCACGGUUCUCUUGAAAAGCAGCCAGAGCUCUUAACUGACAAAGCCAUCUCCAUCCCAUUUUGUUUUUAAUUCUUGCUAUCUGGUAUUAGUAGCCUUCAAAUGGUUUAUCUCUUGCCUCUGCUUCCCAAGUGCUGGGAUUACAGGUACCCACUACUCACAUUUUAGCAGUCUCACCACAUAUGCCUGCUUUCAGGCAUUUGAACCCACAUCAUGUUCCCUCUAAAUUAGUCUGAAUAAGGCCAGUCCACUCACACACAUUUUAGGGCCACUUCCUCUUUGCUGUGGUUUAUCUCCUGUGAAAUAAUUUCCUUUUUUUACUGGAUCAAUGUAUCAGUAUUACAUUUGUUAUUUUCAUGUAAAGAAAGUUUGGUUAUAUUUUCCUUACCAGUUAACUUCGAUACUUUUACUUGUUUGUAGCAAAACCUUUCUAUUGUUUGUUUUCACUGUUUGCUUUAAUUUUUAAAAUUUUCUAUUUUACAUUGUGUGUGGGGGUGGGUGGAAGGGGUGGGUGGUUGUGGCAUGCAUGUGGAGGUCAGAAGAUAGCUUGUAAGAGUUGGUUAUCCAGGUCCUGGGGAUGGAACUAAAGUUGUCAGGAUUAAUGGCAAGUCCCUUUACUAGCUAAGCCUCUUGCUUCAGUUUUCUCUUAAAACUUAUUUUCAUCCAGCUUUUAUUUCUAGCAAUCCAAAGUUAAACUGUGUCUUUUUUUUUAUUUUUAUUUUAAAAGACUGUAUUAUUUCAUGUUCUGUUUGUCUUACAUGCUGUCUUCACCACCUAGACUAAUGGAAAUAAGCUUUAUAUUAAGGACAGUGAACAUAGUAAAAAUAAAUAGAAUUUUGGGUUAGGGUGUAUUGAAUUAUAGUGCAUGAUGGUGUUCAGAGGAUGAGGAGAGCUGGGUGGUGGUGGCGCACGCCUUUAAUCCCAGCACUUGGAAGGCAGAGGCAGGUGGAUUUCUGAGUUCGAGGCUAGCCUGGUCUACAGAGUGAGUUCCAGGACAGCCAGGGCUACACAGAGAAACCCUGUCUCAAAACAAAACAGAAAACAAAAAACAAAAACAAACAAACAAAAAAAACAGAAGAUGAGGAGAAUUUAAGUAAUGAAUAUGUGUCCAUGUUUUUCUAGUAAAUGAGGUCUAUUUUUUUUUUUUUUUUUAAUGAAAUUUAGCAAAAAUUUAGAAUGAGCGGCAAAUAGACUCUGGGGAGAGAGUUCUAGGUAACUGCUCUAUUUCAGGCACAUUUUAAAACAUGUUCGAUCCCUUUCCUUUUUGCGUUUGGGUCUGUCCAUCCCUUAGGUAAUUGUAGGUAAUCCUGAUAAGGGGUUUGUUUUUUUAGCAGUAGGUCUGAGUUUUCUUUUUUCCAGUACUGGAGAUUAAGCAUAGGUCAUUGCACAUGCUUACUCAGCUUUUGAAGUUAAAUUACCUAUCCUGAACAUGAACUUGAAGUUCUCCUAAGGUUCUUGGGAUACCUUGGAUUACAGAGCUGCACAACCAGGCCUAACUCAUUUUGAAGAUGAAAAGAAAGUUAAGUUUUUAGUCAGAGAAACUGCUAAGGUUUUGUCACCCCCCCCCCCGCCCCCCCUUGUGUUGUUGUAUUUUUGGUGACACAUUUGUUACCAUGUGGAUAUGCAAAGAUAAGUAGAAGUCUAUUUACUAUAGAUGAGCAAGUUUGCAUGCUGAUGAGAGAGAUGUGCUCAUUUUAUAGUUCUUCGCUUCUGUGCAGUGUAUCUGUCCAUGUGUCUGGAUGUGGGUGUGCACAUGGCACUAGCUGGCUCUGAAGCUCUUUGAAGUCAGUUCUGUGUUCACCUCUGUCCUGCUGUAGGAAUGCUGGGAUUAUAGAUAGUUUUCAUCCUGAGCCACCUCCCUGGUCUGUACUUAUUUAACAUAAAAGUUUAAAUGUUAAUCAACAGUAUUAAGUACUUUUCAGAGUUGCUUGCUAUUUUGAUUUCAUAACUAUCAGUGCUGAGCAUAUUACUAUUUUGUAUAAAUACAGAAAACAAAAUGGCACAAGCUAGGGCUAUUUGAGAAAUUGUUGGACAAAUUUAUCCUGAUCCUAAACCAUAAUUCAUGUAAUUAGUUUUAAAAACUAUAACUGAAGUCAGCAACUUAAAACAACCAUUUGGAGAAGGAAACAUGCUAACACAGUACAGGCCAGUGAUACACCAAUGUGCUACAGUAACGAUGAGAAAAUAUUAGAAGUCCAUUUUUCUAUAUUCAACCACUGUGUUUCUAUGAAGGCAUAAAAGCACUGUAAUUCAUAGGGCACAAUAGUCUGGAUUAGAGCUGAAGUGUUUCAGACACUAGACGGGUGUGAUGGCAUGUCCAGGUGUUUGUUCAGAACCAAGAUUAUUGAUGACUCAUGCACUUGGUUUUUAAACAUCUUACAUCUAUGUACAUGUGUGAGAGAGGAGAGAAAAGAGGAGCGGGGAGAUGUAUAUAAAUGGUGCAAGUGUGAAGAAGGUCUGAAGAGAAGUCCUGACCUUUGUCCUGCCUUGUGUAUUCUGAAGAUUAAACUUGGAUUGUGAGGCUUGUGUCAUAGGCUUUUACCUGCUGGUUCAUCUCACUGACCUCAUACACAUUUUAAGUUUUUAUCAUUGCAGAUUCACCUUUCACUGUUGCCAGUUUUUAGUGACACUCCCAACCCCCAAAUAUUACACCAUUCCCUAUGUCACAAUCCCACAGUUCAAGAGACCAAUCUCUAUUCUCAGGUAUGUAUUUCCUGAGAUUGUGGGACUGUAAAAACCCUUAUCUAGUAAUUUCUGUUAAUAUCAAGGCUUCCUGAACAUUCUUGUGAUUUCUCUUUAGACAGUUGUCCUCAAUAAAUCUUACUGGUUAUUGAGAAGGAGGACUAAGAAAAGAUAAGAUAUGAGGUAUAUAUUGGUAUAGCAGAGAAUUUUCUGAGUUUUAUAAGAAUGGUCAAUGAGUAAGCAAAAAAACUGGGUAAGUACCAAAAACUACACAGACUAAGAACACUCAUAUCCUUUAAAUACUGUCAAAUGUCACAGCAGGGAUCAAGCUAUACAGAAAAACACUCACCUACUGGGAGAUUGUAAAAAAGCCAAGGGUGAACUGUCCAACAUAUAUUCAUGGGGCCCACCAACCCCAGGAAAUACAUACUUGAGAAUAGAGAUCAGACUCUUGAACUGCAGGGUUGUGCCUUAGGGAAUGGUAUAACAGUAAAAGGUGAAUUUGCGAUGAUAACAAGACUUGAUAAAGACACCAGCAAUCUUAAGUUACUCCGGAGGCUAAGGUAGGAGGAUCUGGAAGGUCAGGGGCUGCCUGAGCGAUGUAGAAUCAGUUCAAGGUCAUCCUAGGCAACUUACCAAGUUUCAGGCAGAGGAUUCUGUCUCAAGUAUAAGAGUGCUUGUCUAGCAUACUGAGACACUAGAUUUAGUCCCUAAUAUUGUACCAAAAUGUGGUGAGCAGGACACAAAACUGAGCUAGUACUUGGGAAACUGGAGGGCUGCCACAAAUCUGAUCCCAGUCUGGUCUACAUAAUUCCUGGAAUGUGUGGCCACCUUGGCACAGAUUCUUUUAACAUUGGUAAUUCUUCUUGGGGAUGUGUGUAUUUUUUCCUCUCCCUCUCCCAAAUUUCCAAGAAUGGGGAAUUUCCUGAUGCUCCUAUAUGAGUCAAAAACUGAAGCCAGGAACCAAUCUUUGGCAGACUGCUUCCCUCUUGGGAGAGCCAUUUUGCAGACAAGCAUCCUCUUCAUUUCCUUGGGAAAAGCUCUGUGCAGUGCAUUGCAUACUUUCCUGUGCCUGUCUUCACUUUGUGAUUGGGAAUCAGAGGGAAGGAGUAGGUCACAGGCUAUCACAGGCAGGGCAGACCUAAAAGAUGAAGCAAGGCUUUGUUGUUACAGGUGGUUUUUUGUUUUUUUUUGGCUAAGCAGAGCUGAGCUUUAGUUCUGUGCCUUUCUCCCAACCCUACAAAGGCAUUGCAGCAGCACAAAGAACUUUUCAAGGAAUCUGGCCCCCUUUCUCCCAAGUAGUGAUGAUACUUAAAUCGGCAUUUAAAUGAUAUUUAAAUUUACUUCCUUUUUAUUUACAAUAUUUCACAGAAUGCUGCUGCUAGGGCUGUUCCUUGCUUGGGGGCUUUGCCUCAAACAGCACAGGAAGAAAAUCAUGGAGGCAAAAGGACAGGGAUAUUAUUUUUCCCACUCCCCCCAAACUGGGCCAGCAACUUACCUCAAUUCUUAUCAUUCCUCACAUUUGAUAUCUCUGUAAACAACUGAUUAGUGUAGGUUUUUUGUUUUUGAGACAGAAUCUCUAUCUUUGCUGGCCUGGAACUCAUCAUGUAGACCAAGCUGUUUAGCUUUGAACAUACAAGGAUUCACCUUCCGCCACUGAGAUUAAAGAAAAGCAUGUGCCACCACACCUGACUAGUGUAGUUCUGCUUUUAAAAUUUAUUUACUUAUUUAUUUAUUUUGCCUGCAAGUGUGUAUGUGUACCAUAUUUGUGCCUGGUACCCAUGGGUCUGAAGAAGGGGUUGCAUCCCUUUGGAUGGGAAUUAUACUUGUGAGCCACCAUGUGUGUGCUGGGAAUGAAACCUGGGCCCUCACUUCUUUGAGAUAGAUACUCAUGUAACCAGACUGUGUACUGGAAGAUAACUUUAAAUUCUUUUUUGUGUUUGAGUGCUCUAUCUGCGGGUACACCUGCAUGCCAGAAGAGGACAUCAGAUCCCAUUAUACUAGUUGUGAGCUUGCCACUGAGCCAUCUCUGCAGCCUAACUUAAAAUUCUUGAUCCUUUUGCCUUUACUGCCAGGGUGCUAGGGUUUACAAGUGCGUUUCACCUCAUCAGGCUUUGCAGUCUUUAAGUGCAAGUAAAUGGUUGCAGUGCAGUAUAUAGUAUUAACCCCACAGCUUUGAUUUUAGACCUACAUUCCUAACCCACCCGUCAUACUCAUUCUCCAAGGGACUGUGUUCUGUACUAUUCAAUUCAGACAUGGCCUGGCCCACAGCAGGUCCUCAGCCACUAUUAAACAGAAGACCCAGCUUGAUUGAUUUCAGAGAUUUAAGCCCUUCAUCCAGACUGUCACUUGAAUGCAUCUAUACCUGUGGAUCAUUUUAUAUGUACAAUGUACUUUUCUUGUGAUCUUCAUUUUACUGACUUUAGAACAUUAAGCAGCACAGUAACCUAGUCUAUAGUACUGUUAAUACUUUCCCUCUUCCAUAAGUGAUGUCUAAAGAAAAAUUAAUGAGUUUAUAAUAAGCCUGUAUCUUCCAAGGUGAAAGUGAAGUUCCUUCAGUCUACUAUAAGGUUCAGUGUCAGUGGCUCCCAUCUCUUAACUCUUAUGGUUUCCUUUGCAGCUUUGCUCAAGCCUUCUUAGUUAGUGGGUGUCUUUCUCCCCCUUCAUUUGGGACAGCCAGCCUCUGUAGUCCUCUGAUGUUUCCACAUUAGCUCUUACAGUGCUUAGCACAAAUGAAUUAAGUUUUAUUUCUUUAGAAGGAAUACAUUGAUCACCAUAUUCUGGUGCAUAGCAGGAGUUCAAACAGCAGAUAAAGGAGUUCAGGAACAUUUAGAGAAGUCUCAUAGGACUCUAAAAUAGUCUAUGUAGAAGAACUUUAUCUUGGUAAAUGGAAGGAAUUUUAUACCUACAACAUGUAGCUUCUCAUGUAAAAACUGAGGUUUAGAAAUAAAUACAUUUUACCCUUUGGCAGUUCUAAGAAGUUGAACACUUAGUCUUUCCCAAUAUUUAUUUAUUAUGGGCACGUGAAAGAAAAACUCUUUGUAUAAUUUUACCAUCAAAGUUGUUGUAGUCACUAGCCACUUAGAUUAUAUAAAAAUCCAUGCACUUGGAGAGAUGGCAUGCUGUUCUUGCAGAGAUGUGCGUUUAGUUCCCACCACCCCUGUGGUAGCUAACAACCUUCUGUAACUCUAGCUCCAGGGUAUCAACGCUGUCUUUUGGCUUCCUUGGACACCUGUCUACGCAUGGCAUAUAGUUUGCAUAGAUACACACACAAAUAAAAAUAGGGAAUACCACUAGAGAGUCUGGGGACAUCAAUACCUGUACAUUUUAUUGUUCUAUUUUUUUGAUCCAAGGUCUUUAUGUAGUACUGGCUAUCCUGUAGCUCACACAGAGCUACUCCUGCCUCUGCCUCCUGAGUCCUGUGACUUAAGGCACGCACUACCAUGACUUGGCUCAACUCCUACACAUCUUAGUUUUGUCUGGUGCUGUGCAUACCAAUCACAAAGAAAUCUCUGGCUUUGUCUGAAUUUCUUUUGUGUGAAAACAGGGACCAUCUCACUUUCCUGUACAAUGUUGGAAUUAACAUGAGCCUUUUGUACUUCAUUUGCUAGUAGGAGUGUGGGCAUGGCUCUUGUCUGAUUGUCAUUCUGGCUUUUUUAAAAAUUCAGAAAAUUGUAAGGUAUAAAAUAUGUGGAGUCAGAAGUGGUGGUACACUCUUGUAACGAAAGCAUGAGAGAGGAUAGUGCAGGAUGACAGAGUUUGAGGACAAUCUAGAUAACAAAGUAAGCAAGAUCCUAUCUCAAAAGUUAGGAUCGGGGGCUUCUCUUACAGAGACUUAGGGUUUGAUUUUCCAGCACUCAUUUGGUAAAAGUGUGCAGUGCCCUCUUCUGGCCUCCAUAGACACUAGGUUUAUAUAUGCAGGCAAAAUAGCCAUUCACAUAAAAUAAAGUCUUGUAUAAUGUGUUCAUGGUGGGGUUAUUAUAUAGGUUUGGGGCAUUUGGCAUACAUAAGAUUUUACGCUUAGUCUCCAGCACCCUCAUCUAAAUGAAGAAAAUUUCACAUGUAAUUAGAAUGUUCAUUUUACCAUUUCCAUACAGAGGGACAGUAAACCUUAAGCAGGAUUUAUUUAUUUUAUCAUUCAAAAUAAUAUACAGGAACUCAAGAUUUAUAAAAUAUUGAUUCAAAUAAUUUCUCAGAUUGUUUGUUGAGGCUUAUGCCUGCCUAUAAUUUUAACACCUUGGAGGUAGAAGUUGGAGGAUCAAGAGUUCAAGUCCAGCUUCAGCUAUAUAGCAAAUUAGAAGCCAGCAUGGGAUUAGUGAAAUGUCUCAAAACAAAAAAUGAAAAAUAAAAAAAGUUUUGGUUGGGGAUGUAGCUUGGUUGGUAAGGUGCUUGCAUACCUAUAUACAUGAAGGCCUGGGUUUGAUCCACAGGACUACAGAGAACUAGACAGUUACAUGUAUAUAAUCCCAGCACUCAGGAGGCAAGAUAGAUGAUCAAGAGAUAGAGGACCUCUUCAGCUAUGAAACAGCCUGAGACCAGGGUAGGCCAUAUGUGAGUGACCCUGUUUCAAGAACUAAAAUGGUUAAUGUUUCAAGAAUCUGAUUAGAGGUCAGAUUCCUAGGACUCUUGGAGAAGCUGGGUUCUUAGGUGAACACCAGAGAUGGGGAAAGUUAGGACUGGUUGGCAGCUAGUUCAGGUGGACACCCCAUAUUGAUGGCUUAUUUCAGUCUUUGUGCAUGUGUGCGCACACAUACACAUGCACACGUAGACACAGACACACAGUUUUAGAUGAGCUGGUGAGAUAAAUAUUUGCUGUCCCCUAGGACCUAUGACAGGGAGUGAACAACCUCUGAAAGUUUUCUGAUCUCUACCUAUGCUUCUGCACUGGCACUUAUCCACACACACACACACACACAAACAUACAAACUUAAAAAAUUGAGGGGCUGCAGAGAUGGUUCAGUUUGUCAGAGAUUGGGUCUCAUAGCCCGGGCUGGCCUCCUGAUAAUCCCAACUCUCCCUUGAGUGUUUAAACAGGUGUAUGCCAUGGACCCAGCAUAUUUGUUUCUCUGUAGAAAGUACUUUUUUCUGAUGCAGCAUUAUUGCAUUAGUGGCUCGGGUGUGGUGAUCCAUACAUGGAAUCCUAGCACAUGAGGCAUUAAAAGGGAAAGAUCAGUAGGAGUUCAAGGAAAGCUUCAGCUACAUAAUGAUUUCAAGGCCAAUGUAAGCUAUAAAUACUGUCUUAAAAACUAGCUCCCCCUUAAAACAAACAGACCCAUCUUGCUCAUUUUAGCCAAUGCCUAACCCUAGCAGAAAUAUUAAUACUUUGAGAAGAAAUCCCUUUUAAGAAUUCAUAAGGGAAUUUACAUGCACUUGGGAAAGGUCUAGGGAACUGACCCCAAGCUUUGUGCUCUACACAGCUAGCCUCCUAUUUUUUAUUUUUUAUUAUUUUUGAGAUUUUAAAUUUAUGUGUAUGGGCAUUUUGCUUCAUGCAUGUUGCACCUACCCUUGGAGGUCAGAACAUCGACUCCCCUGGAACUGAAAUUAUAAGAUAGUUGUGAGCCACCAGUAUGAGUUGAACCUGUCCCCUCUGAAGAACAGUCCAUGCUCUUUGCUACUUAGCCAGCUCUUUUGUGCUCUGUGCCCCCACUCCCAAUUAACAAAGGAUAAACAUCUAGGAAUGACGGCUUAUGUCUACUCCCAAGAUUUGGGAGGCAGGAGUAACAAUACAAGUGUGAGAGUGGUCUGUUCUACAAGACACUGUUCUAGGUCCACCAGGGCUACAUAGGGAUAAUUUGUCUUAAAAUAUACAGGAAAAGGAAGAGUGAGCGAUAUCAAACCUAUCAGGGAGGGUGUUGACCAACACUAAAAUGUUUGUUCUUUAAAAAAAUUUUUACUAAGUGUAUGAAUACCUGAAUGUGUGUGUGUGUACAGUAAAGUGCUUGCCUAGUACCCGGAGGGCAUCAGAUCUCUUGGAACUGGAUGGUUGUAAGCUGUCAUGUGGGUGCAGGGAACUGAACUGGUGGGUCCUCUGCUUGCUAAGUGUCCAGUGUUUCAAGAUUUUAGUUAACCUCUGAAACCAUAUUGCUGUGCUCAAUUUUUCCCUGUACAUUUUAGGCAUUCACACAUUUGAAUUUUGAAGCUCAAGCACAACUUAAGACUCAGAAGACACUAGUGGUAAAUAAUGGUCACUCAGUUAAGAAAAGAUUAAGUAUUAGAAACAUUUAUUUUUUUUUUUCAAAAAAAAAUGUGGGAGGAGUGGAAUAAAACAAGGCUAAAUUUCAGCAAAUGCUGUACCACGAUCACAGGUCAGACAAAAC